AGAGAAUUGUGUGUUGUGAAGUAUAAAAACGCAGCCUUAUCCAGAGAGAUGAAUCAUGAAUGGUUCUUGAUGUGAUAAAGUUAUACCGAAUAUACCUGUUGAAGAUGUUCGUGUUGUGGAUUUCAGCCUGCGAUACAAACGAUUUUAUAAUCGCCAUCUCUCAGGGUUUUCCAUUUCAUAUCCUAAAUGGGUACUGCAUCUCUGGAUUUCGAUGUUGGGGGAGACGAUCCCAAUGUGUCAAUUCCCCGUGGUGGCCCAAUUUAUGUUCCGGACAUGGUUAGUGCGCUCACAAGGAUUCCAGAUUUUGAAUCCUCUGUAUUCCGUGAACUUCAGAAUCUUAAGGAGGAAUUAUGUUGUGAGUCACUUGAAAUGUAUGAUGAUGAAAUCUCGGUAGAAGAACUCAAAAUUAUAAAGGAGGAAGACCUGGUAAAUAGGGCAUUCGAAGAAGCAUUCAUGGGUGAUGAGUUGAGAAUAGACUCUUCAUAUCCUAUACUAGAUAACUCCGUGUCUAAUGCUGCUGCUUCAGAAAGGUCUGAGAGAGAAUUAUGUUCUUCAACUCCCCAUGACUCCUCAACUGGGGUUUGUAAUAGAGCCUGCCAUAAUAAGAAGUCAAAGAAAAACCAUUUCAGUAAGAGGAAACAAAAUCCUGUUGAAGAAAGCUAUAUUGCUAAGGUGGAGCAACUUGCAAGAAUUAAGCAUAAACAAGAGGAAGAUAAAGCAGCAGCGAGAUUGCAUUCAUUCAAUGGUAGUUGUGGGACUAUGAACUCUGCACCAAAAUCCUCUGAGAAAAGUGAGAGGAUCACAUCACUCAAGUCCAUAAGUUCGUCCAGAAAGGUAUGCCAAGUCAAGUCAUCUAGUUCAAGAGCACACGUUCCUAUUCAAUUUCCAGAAGUUGUCCUCUGUGUAGAGGUUUAUCGUAGCAGAAAGCCAUUAAUGAAGAGUCAAGAAUUUUUGGUCCUAGGGCAGCAAAGUUUGACUGAAGUCAGAGACCAGAUAUAUUGCAUUAUGGAUGAAAUUAUGAGAAAGGCUGACAAGGAUGAUCCUUCUGGCUACUUUCUUAUAGAGGAUUUAUUUUGCAAUGAUUUAAGGGAUCCCCAUGCUACUGAUUACAGUAAACCAAUACUUGAUUGGCUUGAAAAUUCUACCGAGGCAGUUGAAAAAUGGGAAUGUAUCAAUUCAGGUGAGCUGCUGCAGAAGCAGAAAGCAGUUUUAGGCAAUAAAUCAGGACUGCGAUUGCCUCGCUUUAGAGCUGUUGAAAUGAAAAAUAUGCGCUUUUGUGACUUGAGAUUUCGAGUUGGUGCAGGAUAUCUUUAUUGUCAUCAGGGGGACUGCAAGCAUCUAAUUGUAAUAAGAGAUAUGAGGUUGAUCCAUCCAGAGGAUGUUCAGAACCAAAGUGCUUACCCAUUACUUACAUUUCAAUUAAGAGUGCGGCUUCAAAAAUGUUCUGUCUGCAAGAUAUACAAAGCCGAAAAGAUGACAGUCGACGAUAAAUGGGCUCCUAAAAAUCCUUGUUAUUUCUGUGAUCUUUGCUAUUACAUGCUCCAUUAUGUGAAUGGAUCUUUGCUUUAUGAUGAUUUCUCUGUAUAUGAUUAUCUCCAAGAUUAACAUGGAAUUGUAAACAUCAAUCAUUCAUUUUCAGAUUAUUUAUACCUUUUCAAUAGGACAUUUUUUCUUCUAA